AUGCUCACACAGUCUCCUUUGCCUCCUCCAGGUGCCUGCAAGCCAUCCUCGGUACACUAUUCCCUCUUGGGCCUAAUCAGAGUCAUCAUGCCUCGUGGUCACAAGAGCAGACACCAUCAUGCUCCUAAGAAACACAAGGAGGCCAGAGUGGACAGCCAGAGUGAUGAAGAUGCACAGGAAGAAGUGCCAUCAACUGCAGAAGCAGUGACUGUGGUAACAGAAGUGGAACAAGGAGCAGCAAUAAAAGUAAAAGGAGAAGAGAAAGAAGAGGUAGAGGAGUCUUCUUUCUCCCAAGAUCCACCUGGUGCUGCUUACUGGAGCCCUCCCCUGACACAUCGGCUGAGUUCACCAUCUACCAGUGGCUUUUCUGAUGAGGGCUCUGUUGUCAGUUCUGACAACUUUUCCAUUUGCAAAUAUGAGCAUAGCACGUCUGGGGCCAGUUUCUGGACUGAGAGCUUAUCACAUAAAACACGCAGCCCUAUUAAGAUGCUGGCGUGGUUCAUUCUUCAAAAAUUUGAUUUGAAGGAGCUUUUUACCAUGGAAGAGGUGGAGAAUGCAGUCCAACCGGCAUUCAGAAAUGAAUUUCCUGAGAUUUUCAAGAGUGCCUGUGAGCACCUGGAGGCGAUCUUCGCAGUUGAAGUGACAGAAGUGGAGACCAAGCAUCACUACUACGACCUUAUCAGCAAGCUGAACCUCCCCAACAAUGGGAGGGUUCGCCCUGGCAGAGGCUAUCCUAAAACUGGGCUCCUGAUGAAAGUGCUCUCUGUGAUCCUCAUGAAGAACCACUGUGCUUCCGAGGAAGAUAUCUGGAAGUUCCUGAAAAAGAUGAAGGUGUACCCUAGGAAGAAGCACACCAUAUUUGGUCAUACCAAGAAGCUCCUCACCCAAUCUUUUGUGAGUCUGAAGUACCUGGAAUACCGGCAGGUGCCUGGCAGUGUUCCUCCAUGCCAUGAGUUCCUGUGGGGUCCCCAAGCUCACGCUGAGAUCAGCAAGGAGAAAAUCAUGAAGUUUUUGAGCACAAUGAAAAAGGUUUCUCCUAAUGCCUUCUCAUAUCUUUAUGAUGAUAUUUUAAAGGACAAGGUCGAAAAAAUCCAAGCCGCACUUGCUGCGUGUUCAGUCACUACUCCUGAUCCUAGUUCAGUGGUCCAGGCCACAUGUCCUGCUCCUCUUCCCAAGCUUGAAGAUGCCUGA